GUGUCCUACUGAUUUCUUUCAGUCAGUCGUCUGACGACGUUUGAAACGAUAGUGCCGAUCAAUAUUUUUUUCCCGCUACGAAUUUUAACUAAUUAUUUUCGAGAUACAAAAAUUUUUGAGUUAAACUCCAAUUUUUAAUUCAAUUUCAAUUUUUUAAGUGACUAAUUUCUAAUACUUUUUUAAUUAUAAUCGAAUAAACGGGGUGGAAGAAGCCUAAAAAAACUUAAGAUAACUUUGAAUGAAAUCGGAAUGUCUUCGAAUACAAGUGAUUAUUCGUUGAUUCAAGAUGAGGAUGUUUUAAAACGGAUGUGGCAAGACACAGAUGAUUUUGGGCGAAAAAAGGAAAUUCGCGCCCAUAUGUAUAAAAUCCGAGAAACUCGUUUAAAAGAUUUUUACACUAACACCGGCGAAGAAAGCAUAAAAACAACUAAAACUUGCUCCGAUAAAAUGACCCACGCUGAUAGCUUAGGAGAUCAAAGCUUUUUGAGCUUAAAAACUAAAGAAAUUCGCGACUCCGAAUCCCCAACAAGAGAUGCUUACAAAAUAACAGGAAUUUCUAAAAAACACGAUCAAGGCUGGGAUAUCAUGGAGACCAAUCGCUCCUCUGAAGAUGGAAAACACCAUGUAUCAACGAGAUUAGCCACAACAUCCGGAAAAAAGGAGAUUCAAGGAGGUGAAGCGAAAUAUGCCGCAAAAGCGGAACAAAAAGCUUCGGUUUCUCAUGAAGGCGAUGAUAAAAAUUAUACUAAAUCCGUUGGAAACUCAACGAGCAAUGUGAUUAAACAGGAAGCGCAUGGUGGGGAUGAAAAUUCGAAAUUUUUUACUUCAUCAAUGACAUCUAGUUCUUCAUCGCAAUUUAAAAGCGAACAAAAAUCAACAAGCGGGGAUUUAAUCGAUGAUUUUGACCAAAUUCGAAAAAUUAAGGAAAAUAACCCGAUUAACGAUUCUAACGGAAAAACUAAAGUUUAUACGGAAACUAAAACACUCCCAGAUGGAAGCACCGUUACAACUACGAGAUAUGAAACCGUUUCUGGGUCUAAAUCUUAUUCAACUUCAUCACAGAAGAAAUCAGAAAGUCAGAGUCAUCACCAAACGACUUCCUCGCAAUCGCAAAGAAACGAGAGUGUUUCUGUACCAACCCAAGAAAUUGUUAUUGUUAAAAAUCAGUAUUUUGACGAUGAUGAUCAGUCUAGAAGAGUUGUUGGAAAAGAUUUAGGUUCUCAAAACGUUAAAGUAAUAAGAAGUGAAACUAAAACUUCAACUCAAACGAAACCAGUUUCAACUCAAGAGGUUGUUAUUACAAGUCAAAAAUGUUUUGAUGAUCAAAAAAAUGUGGAAUCUUUUGACGAUUUUAAUACUGAACAAUCAAGGAGGAGAAUUCAUGAUUUAAAAACUCUUGGGAGGGAUGAUGUAAAUGUGAAAAGUUCUACGAUUCAAAAAACAACGGAAAAAAUGAUUACUGGGGAUGAUAAAAAUGUUUAUAAAGUUGUCGAAAAUUUCCAACCUGAACAAAUCAUAAAAACAACAAAUAAAAUUGAUCAAUAUAAAUCAACGAGUGAUGAUUUCCUUCAAAAUGAACGCCGAGACGUUGUUGAAACGGCGCAAAAACCUUUACCAGUUGAAAUAAUCCCAAUUGAAACUAAAAAGCCUCUAAAACCCGAACAAGAUUUUAUUCCCCAUGAACGUCGCGAACCGUUUAAUCCCCCAAAAUCUGAAUUAGAUGAAAAACGUUCCCCAACUGAUGGUCAAUAUGAAACUACAUAUCGAACUGAUUACGUUUCGAAAAAAAUUAGCGUUGAUAUAAACCCAACACACGAUGCUUUUGUAAGAUCUUUAAGAUCGGUUAGUCCUGAUAGAAAUAGAAUUCCGAGUGGGAGAAAUUCAAGAACUCCAAGUCAAAGCUCGUUGAGGAGUAGCCCAGAAAAAAUUAGGAGGAGUCCGGAAAAAAGUAAAACAAGAAGUCCCGAAAAAAUUAUAUCAAAUAAGAAAAAUGAAAAAUUUUCGAGUACUGAAACAUUUAUAAAAACAAAAAAAUCUGAUUAUGAUUCAAAUACUUUAACGAGAAAGAAAAAAGUAAGUAGGAGUCCAUCUCCAACUACAACAGCAAGCGAAAUUGAAUUCGUUCGAUCCGUAAACGAUCAAAUAACCGAUUUGGAUACUUUGUUUAAAGAUACGAAAAUAUCCCGAAGACAUACUGAGAAUGUUGUUGUUGAUAAAAGACCAAAAACGUUGGAUACAACGAUUACUACUUCGAAAAAGAAAAAGGUAACCGAAAGAUCACCAACUUCCCCUUUGAUGGAUUUCUCGCCGAAAAAAUCGCCAACUAAGGAAGUUUCCGAUGAUAAAAGGAAGCCUUUUAGGCGUACUGAUACUUAUGAGGAAAGGUGCAAAGAGAUUCUUGGGUUGAUUAAUAAAGAAAGAAAGGAUUCAAUAACUUCUACAAAAGUAGUUGAUGAUCAAUCAAGAAGAAGGAGUUUUGAUAAAUCUCCGGAAAAGGUGAUUAAAAAGUCGCCCGAAAAGGAAUUAAAAAGUAAAAAGGAGAAAAUAAAUGAGUUUCCAUCACAGAUUAGAAAAUCGCCUGAGAAGGAAGUGUUGGGACCUUAUCCGCAGAAAUCUAAAGAAAUUAAAGAACCAUCCAAAAUUUCAGAGUUUCCAUCGCAAAUUAAAAGAUCACCAGAAAAGGAAUCUUUGGAACCUUAUCCAGAAAAGCGUAAAGAUUUAAAGGAACCAUCUAAAAUCGCUGAGUUUCCAUCACAAAUUAGGAAAUCUCCCAACAAAGAACCUUUGGAGCCGUAUCCAGAGAAGACGAAGGAAUCAUCUGAAAUAGAACCAUCGAGAAUAUCCGAGUUUCCUUCCCAAGUUAGAAAGUCUCCUGAAAAGGAACCUUUGGAACCUUACCCAGAGAAGCGCAAAGAAUCCAAACAAGCACCAAAAGUGUCAGAAUUUCCUUCUCAAAGACGUCAAGAUGAUAAUGUAACUAUAACAAGUCAAGAAACUAAAGUAUCACGUCAAGAUAUUUAUGAUGUUGAGCCUAAAAUGGAACCACAAAGGAAGGUGCCAAAUAAAAAGGGGGAGACUCCGCAAGUUUGCGAGUUUCCUUCUCAAAUUAAGAAGUCUCCUGAAAAGGAACCUUUGGAACCUUACCCAGAGAAGCGCAAAGAGAUUAAGCAAGCACCAAAAGUGUCAGAAUUUCCUUCUAAAAGACGUCAAGAUGAUACUGUAACAAUAACGACUCAAGAAACUAAAGUUUCUCGACAAGAUACUUAUGAUGUUGAGCCUAAAAAGGAGACACAAAAGAAGGUGCCAACUAAAAAAGGGGAAUCUCCUCAAAUUUGCGAGUUUCCAUCUCAAAUUAAGAAGUCUCCUGAAAAGGAACCUUUGGAACCUUACCCAGAGAAGCGCAAAGAAUCCAAACAAGCUCCAAAAGUGUCAGAAUUUCCUUCUCAGAGACGUCAAGAUGAUACUGUAACAACAACGACUCAAGAAACUAAAGUUUCUCGACAAGAUACUUAUGAUGUUGAGCCUAUAAAGGAAACACAAAAGAAGAUGCCAACUAAAAAAGGGGAAUCUCCUCAAAUUUGCGAGUUUCCAUCUCAAAUUAAGAAGUCUCCUGAAAAGGAACCUUUGGAACCUUACCCAGAGAAGCGCAAAGAACCUAAACAAGCACCUAAAGUGUCAGAAUUUCCUUCUCAGAGACGUCAAGAUGAUACUGUAACAACAACGACUCAAGAAACUAAAGUUUCUCGACAAGAUACUUAUGAUGUUGAGCCUAUAAAGGAAACACAAAAGAAGAUGCCAACUAAAAAAGGGGAAUCUCCUCAAAUUUGCGAGUUUCCAUCUCAAAUUAAGAAGUCUCCUGAAAAGGAACCUUUGGAACCUUACCCAGAGAAGCGCAAAGAGAUUAAGCAAGCACCAAAAGUGUCAGAAUUUCCUUCUCAAAGACGUCAAGAUGAUACUGUAACAAUAACAAUCAAAGAAACUAAUGUUUCUCAAGAUAUUUAUGAUGUUGAGCCUAAAAAGGGACCACAAAAGAAGGUGCCAAAUAAAAAAGGAAUUUCUGAAUUUCCUUCUCAAAUUGCAAAGCCAAUUCAAAAGGAAUUAAAGAAAGAUUUAGAAGAAACGUUAACUGUAUCAGAAUUUCUUACAGAAACCCUUGAAAAUCGGGAUUAUGUACGCGAAAAAUCACCUGAUAGAGUAUCUUUGGAUGAUCUUCCUUUAUUAUCAACUGAUAGAGCGUCACGUAGAAGAACGCCAGAUAGAAGAACACCAGAUAGAAGAACUCCAGAUAGAAGGACACCAGAUAGAGUUUCUUUAAGCGAUUUAGAUGUAAGAAAAGAAUCAGAAUUGGAUUCGUUUAUCAGAAAUGAGCAAUUUGAUACUGAAAUUACGUUAAAAGAAUAUGAAAAGAAACAGAAAAAAGUUAAAAAAGAUAAAAAGAUUAUUAAGGAAGAUAACGGUGAAGUUGAAACGAGUUCUUCGGAAUCUGAUGAAGAAGUAGAAAGGAAAAAUGAUAUAAGAGAAACUUCUAUGCCGAUUCAAAUGAAAGAAAUUGUGAAAAUGGAAAAAGUUAAAACCACAAAGAAAGUUGAGCAAAAAAAACCGAUACAAAUCAAGAAAAUACAAAAAUUGGAAACAAAGAAGCCGAUUAAGGAAACUAUUGUAACAAAAAAGAACGUUCAAGCUUUAUGUAAUGAUCAAAGAAUGAGUUGUAAUAAAGAGAAGUUACAAUUUGUUCGUGGAAUCCCAGAUGUUCCGCAUAAAAUAGUGAAAAAAGAUCAACCUGAAAAAACGUUGUAUAAUAAAAAACCUGAAAUCACUGAGAAAUUAACAAAAACAACUAAAAUUGAAGCAGCCCCUAAAAAGCGGGUUACAACAACGGCUAAAGUCACUUUAACCACUCCAAAAAUCGAGGUUACACCCAAGAAAACAACCCAAAAAAUAAAUCAAAAGAUUCCUUCUUCAUCAACAAAGAUCACGAGAACGGUUUUGCAAAAAACCAUCGAAGCUGUUCCUUCAAAUCGCCACGUUGUCUCAACUAUCAUUAAUUUAAAACCGAAAACACCAACAACGAUUCAUAAAACAACGAUAACAAAAACUGUAAAUUCCUCUUUGCCAAGUCAACCUCAAAAAAUAAAACCUAAAAAUACUGAAACGUCAAAAAUGACGUCUAAAACGGUUCCAAAAGUGAAUCAGAAAAAACUACCUUUAACGAACGGCCAUCACGUGCCGAGCGAUGAAGAAGAAACCGAUCAAGAAGAAGAAAUUUAUGAAAAAACCAAGAAAAAAGUUGCGAAACAAGAAAAGAAAUGUAUCACAACCAAAUCGAUUUUAAUCGAAAACGCUGUCGCUGAUGAAAGGGAAAUUAUCGUUGAUCUAAAACGUUCGAAAUCAUCACGAGAAGGAACCCCGGAUAGAAUUUGCCCUUAUCCCGUUACAAUCGAGGAGUUCUCAAUGCCGAGAUAUCCCGAUAAAAUUACAGAACCAGAAGACAUUAAAACACUACCUGGGGAGCUUAAAGAAAUCAUUAACGAAGACGUCGAAGGUUUUCAAAGCAAAAUAACCGAAAUUCAAGUUGAAUCUUUAUUAAAUAAAGAAAAAAUUGAUAUCGAAGAAGAUGAUUGCAUGUUAAGCGUAUCUGAUAAAGUCACUAAAUUUAUUACAACAGCUGAGGAAUUAACUAAACCGAAAUCAAGUAAAAUUGAUAAAGAAACGAAAAAAGAUUAUAACGUCGAUGAAAAUGAUGAGUCUCUUUUAAGCGUUUCAGAGAAAGUAUCUCAUUUUAUUGCAACGGCUGAAAAGGUUAAAAAGCCUGAAGUUAAAACAGAAAUUAAAAUUAAAGCGGAAAGAACUCCUUCGCCUGAGAAAGUAAUAAAAGCGCGUAGUCCAUCACCUAGAAAAGAAGAAAUAAUUAGGGAAUGUCAAUUAAAACGUGAAGAUAGCUUUAAAUCGACUACUAAAAAAGAAACGGUGCGGAAAGAAAGUUUGGAGAUUGAGACAACCCCAAAAACAAGUCGGAAAUCAUCGAGUGAUGAACCAAAAAUUGUUUUGAGUCCAACCGGUAGGUUAAGAUCGACGGAAACGAUCAAAAAAGCCAAAGCUUUGUUUGAAAAUAUCAAUAAAGAACAAGAAAUUUUGGUGCAAAGAGAUAUAUUGAAUCGACCAUCAGUUUUUGAGGGAAGAAAAAAUGCGCAACCAAAUCAAAUUAAAGAAUCAAAACCAACACCGAAAGAUUUCAAUGAUGAUGAUGAAGAAAUUCCUCAUUACAUGACACCGUUAGAUCGAACGAUUAGAGAACACUCUAAACCUAAAUCAAUUAAACCUGAUGAUGACGAUGAAAAAGAUAAUAUCGAUUCUCAACAGGAGGAAAUCGAUGAAGAUAUUCCUCAUUAUAUGUUACCUUUGGAUCGUUCUUUAAGGGAGCGUAGCCCCCAUAAAGAAAAUGUUAAACAACUGGAGGAUAUCAUGACUCGAAGUACUUCUUCAACUCAUCAAGUUGAAGAAAUUGAUUCGAGAACGACCAAAUUUGGGGUUACUUUAAGAAGGACCGAUUCUGGGAGGGUCAUCUCUACUCAAAAAAUUGAAAGAGUUAACGAAAAACAAGACGAAUUAAACGAAUUAAAAAUCGAGGAAAUUUUCGAUUUAAAAUAUUUGGAAAAGUUAUUGGAAACGAUCGUUGGUUAUGAUAUCAGAAGAAGGAUUCGAGCACAAAUUAGAAUUGUUAAAAAAAUGAUUGAAGAAGAAAAAAUCAAAUCGCAUCAAAAUAUAACCAAAACCGAUCAUUUAAUUAAUAGAAGGCGUUCGACGAGUAUUGAAAAAACAAAAACUAUUUCUUCUUCGAGUUUUGUGGAGAAAUCGGAACAAGAGUACACAACGAAGAAAGUAUCUUCUACGAGAAGAAGUAAAAGUCCUACCGAGAAAUUAAGAAAAUCUCCCGAAAAAGGUGACGCAAAAAAUGAGACGAAAAAAGUAUUCCAAACGGAAUUAAAGAAAACCAAACCACUUCAAAAGAUUGUCGUUGAUGAAAAACCCGAAUGGGUGACCCAAAAAACAUUAAAAAAGGUUUCCGAUAACACCCCGAUUAAAAGAACCACAAUCGCAAUCAAAAAAAGUAUCUCAAAUCGAACAGAAAAAAGUCCGAGUAAAGAAAUCACCGAUGUAAUCACUUCAAGUUACGGAGUUGGACCUUUAGAUGAGAACGGCACUCCUCUUUUUGGAUUAAAGGCUUUGAGGGCGCAGAAUAAAUCUGAUAAAGUGAAAGUUCAAGGUACGGUAAUUCAAAGCCAAUAUUAUUCCGAAAACGGUCAAGAACCCAUCGGCGAAGUCAGCGUUACGAAAUAUUCUUCAGACCCUAAAGAUCUUGAAAAUAAAGAAUUUAAAACUGAAAAGGGGAUAUCGUCCAUCACAACGACCCAAAAAUUCGGUUAUAAAGGCACACCAUCUUUAAAAACGAUAAAAAAUAAGGGUGUUGAAAUUGAAGAAUCUUCGAAAACUUCUAAAGUUACUAGAAGGGGAUCAGUCAAAGAAAUUUCGCAGAAAUUUAUUGAAAAUGCUGUUGAAACAUUGAAGAGUGAACGUAAAUCGUCCUUCCCCAAGGCAGGAUUAAUUUUGCGCUCAUCCAGCUUCAAAGAUACAAAAAGCCCAUCGCCUAAAUCCGGAAGUAGUAGAGAAACAUCUCCGGGUUAUGCACAAAGUACAACAAAAACAAUCAAAACAUCGGGAACACGAACAGAAACCUUCCUUACCGACCACUCCAAAGUUACCGGCGUGCAAGAUGUGAUUACCCGCAUGAAAAACGAAGAUAUUGAAGGAGAAACGAUUGAAGAUAUCGAAGCGAGAAAUCUUUUAAAUAAAUUCAUCGGUUCGCAAGUUCUUUUAUCCGGAAUCGAAUCGUCGCAAGAUGGCGCUAAACGAACUGUCACGAAAAUCACCACGAGCGUGUCGGAAAGUGGACAAGCACCCAAAACGAUCACCAGGACUUUCACACAUCCCAUAACUCCCGAGUUAUUAAAAACAGUUUGGGAUCAACAAACUUUAAAUUUAUUGUUGGAACAAAGUUCUGAUUACGAGGAUAGAAAGAUUAUCAGAGCGAGGUUACGAGAAAUCAUGGCAGAACAAGAAGGUAAGCUAUUUAUUUAUUCUAAUUUAAAUCUAACCCGCAUUAAACUCAAAACGAAAUCGAAAACCUUAUUCAAAAUAAAAUAACCUUAUUUUAAAACG